GGAACCGGCAGUGCUAUGUCAGUGCCGCUCACGCACGUUCUGCUUCUCGUGCAGGUUGUAUGUAGCUCCAGAGCGCUUUCAACAGGUCACGAAUGGGACAGCCACGGGAUUAUCGUCAACAUCACCGAAGUAUUCGCAUGCAACAGUGAAGAAAUCUUCAAAGCACUCAAUCAUGGACCGGUGACGCCCACUACAGUGGAAUCCGGCAUAUGUCCAGCAACAGUCAACGAACCUUGGUUCACAGCCACUAUCACCAGCCUACAAAAGGCGGUUGUAUGUAGCUCCAGAGCGCUUUCAACAGGCCACGAAUGGGACAGCCACGGGAUUAUCGUCAACAUCACCGAAGUAUUCGCAUGCAACAGUGAAGAAAUCUUCAAAGCACUCAAUCAUGGACCGGUGAUGCCCACUACAGUGGAAUCCGGCAUAUGUCCAGCAACAGUCAACGAACCUUGGUUCACAGCCACUAUCACCAGCCUACAAAAGGCGGUUGUAUGUAGCUCCAGAGCGCUUUCAACAGGCCACGAAUGGGACAGCCACGGGAUUAUCGUCAACAUCACCGAAGUAUUCGCAUGCAACAGUGAAGAAAUCUUCAAAGCACUCAAUCAUGGACCGGUGACGCCCACUACAGUGGAAUCCGGCAUAUGUCCAGCAACAGUCAACGAACCUUGGUUCACAGCCACUAUCACCAGCCUACAAAAGGCGGUAGACUGCACUGUCUCUCUGGGGCGUGGAACCGGCAGUGCUAUGUCAGUGCCGCUCACGCACGUUCUGCUUCUCGUGCAGGUUCAUGACAUCCUUUACAUAGACGGCAUCAAGUACAUCUAUGAUGAUCCUUCAGACAAGGUUGUGCCGUGCAAAUGA